AUGACAAGUGAUACGGUAUUUAUUAGUGACGAUGAAAAAAAUCAUCGACCAACAACAAGACAUUUUGAUGUUGUUCAUUCUGACGAAGAUGAUGAAGAGAAUCAAAUAAGAUUAUUAUCUUCCGAUUCAACUGAUAACCCACUUCCAUCAUCAUCAUCACCACCAGCAACAACAACAACUAACGUUGACACAUUUGAUGAUAAAGAACUCAAUCAAUUAUAUGACGAUUGGUUAGAAUUCGAUACUCAAUUACGUGUAAUCGAACCUAAACAUAAAGAAUAUGUGCGAAGAUUAGACGAUGUUGAAUCAUUAAAAACGAAAUAUCGUCUAGAAUUUGAUAAAUAUAAGAAAAAACUUGAUCAAUUAAAAAAAGAUGUCAAUCAAUUGAAAAAAGUAUAUGCUAAGAAAGAAGAAGCAACAAAAAAGAAUAAUUCAAAUGUAUUAAAUGUAAAAACUUCAAAAUCAACAACAAAUCUUGAACCAAAAAAUUCUUCUCAAGAUUCAACACAUCCAUUACCCACAAUCAAUUCUUCGCCAUCAUUGGAUAAAAUUGUAAAUAACUUAACUACACUUCAACGUCUUAAUGUCAUAUCUGAACAAAUUAAUACAAAUGAAUUAUAUUUAUCACGAGUAUCAGAUACAUUACCACGUAAAGAUCCAUAUUUAAAAGUAAUACUUGGUGGUGUUGAUGUUUCAAUAUUAAAUAAAGCAGAUAGAUGGACAUAUAAACAAGAAUAUGAAAAAUUUAAAUUUAUUGUUACAUGUAUAUCAUUAGUAUCUUCACUUGUCAUAUGGUCGUUAACAUCACGUUAUCGAGCAUUCGAUGCAUUAUUUCAUUUUUUACUUGUUUGGUAUUAUUGUACAUUGACAAUACGAGAAUCGAUUUUAAUUGUCAAUGGAUCAAAUAUUAAUCCCUGGUGGCGAGCUCAUCAUUUUAUAGCAACAGUUGCUACAGCUAUUUUAUUAACGUGGCCAGAAUCUCAAUCGUAUCAUGCGUUUCGUACACAAUUCUUUGUCUUUUCAUUUUUUUUAAGUUUUGUUCAAGUUCUUCAGUUUUAUUAUCAACGUGGUUGUCUUUAUCGAUUACGAGCUUUAGGUGAAACACAUGAUAUGGAUAUAACUAUUGAAGGUUUUCAUCGAUGGAUGUUUCAUGGUUUAUCAUUUUUGGUACCAUUUCUUCUUGUUGGUUAUUUAUUUCAACUAUAUAAUGCAUAUACAUUAUGGCAGUUAGCACAUGUAUCAACAACACAUGAAUGGCAAGUGAUGGUAUUAGCGAUCAUAUUCUUCCUUCUUUUUCUGGGAAAUAUAUUAACAACAUUAAGUGUUUUACGUGAUAAAUUACGUGAAAAAACUCCUCCAUCAACAUUACGACAAAAAUAUCAAAGUUUAAAAACAUUUUUAUCAACAAAUUAUCAUCGACGAUCACGAUCGUUUCAUCAAUUUGGAUAUCGACAAGAGAAAGAACAGACUGAUAAUAUUGAUGUCACAUCGAAAAACGAUUAA